AUGGCAGCGGCCCCUUUCUACUACCGCGCCUUUCUGCGCCGGCAGGUUCAGUCUCUCAGGUCCAGCAGCCGGCCGCGACACCAGCAGCGGCGAUGGAGGCACAGCAAGCCCGAAACCGAUGCAUCGGAAAAGGAGAUCCCCAUCCCCAACACGGUGCCUACUGCUGACAUUCCAUUUUGGAUGCGCCUUGGGCCCUUGACCCGUACGGUGCAGGCAUAUGGUCGAGCGCAGAGGAAGAGGCCCUGGAUUACUCAAAUCUGCACAUCCUUGACCAUAUACUUGUUCGCCGACCUCUCGGCGCAGCGCAUCAACGGGAAGGAAUAUGAUGUCGAGAGGACCGGGCGGUCGCUGAUCAUCGGAAGCAUCUCUUCUAUCCCUAGUUAUGAAUGGUUUAUGUGGUUGUCGCGCAACUUCAACUACUCGUCGCGAGCCCUCUCCAUAGCUACCAAGAUCGUUGUCAACCAGUCGAUAUUCACGCCCCUGUUCAACACCUACUUCUUCGGCAUGCAGGCAUUCCUGGCAGGCGACAACUUUGUUGAGAUCUGGGCGCGUGUAAAAAGAACCGUUCCUGUCAGCCUGAUGAAUUCUGUGAAGCUGUGGCCCAUCGUCACAGCCAUCAACUUCCACUACGUCCCUCUGGAAUACCGCAGUGUCUUCGCAGGCGUCAUCGCCGUUGGGUGGCAGACAUAUCUGACGUGGUUGAACCGGCGCGCCGAAGAGGAAGAGGCCAUUUCCAGGCCAGGUGGGAGGAUACCGCCGUCCGGCAUCAAGAUGGUGACCUCUUAG